AUGGGGGUUUUCUAUAUUUCUCAUGCUUCCUUCUGUGAAGCUUUCCCUCUAAAGAUUAUCUUUAAUGGUGUGUUUUUGAAAGUAAACAAGGCAACAAUGAACAUGCUGCAUAGGGUUGAGCCUUAUGUGACAUUUGGGUAUCCCAACCUGAAAAGUGUCCGAGAAUUGAUUUACAAGAGGGGUUAUGGGAAACUAAACAAGCAGAGAACUGCAUUGACUGACAACUCUAUUGUUGAAAUGGCCCUGGGUCAGUUUGGGAUCAUUUGCGUGGAAGAUCUGGUACAUGAGAUUAUGACUGUCGGACCCCACUUUAAGGAGGCGAACAACUUCUUGUGGCCAUUCCAAUUGAAGGCACCACUGGGUGGUCUGAAAAAGAAGAGGAAUCACUAUGUUGAAGGAGGCGAUGCCGGAAACCGUGAAGAUUACAUUAACGAGCUCAUCAGGAGGAUGAACUAG